AAAUAGUCAAGGCCAAGGCAAGGGACUUGAAGGGUUUCACUUGAAUCUAGACAAUCUAUCUAGUCUAGUAUAAUCUAGAUAGAUCUAGGAUCUAGAUCUAUAUUCUAUAGAUAGAAUCUGAUCUAGAGCUCGAAUACAGACAAAAUUUGAAAAUAGAUCUACUAGAAUUUUACUAGAUCUAGAUCUAGACAGUGUAUAAAAGUAUUAAAAGAUCUUCUCUAGAUUCUAGAUCUAAAUCUAGAUCUAGAAUUCUAGAUCUAAUCCACAACGACAAGAAGGAUGACUACAUCGAUAUUUGAUUUACUUGGAAUCAUUGCUGAUUUUGAAGAAACUUUAAACAUAAAUGACAUAAAUGAAUCUAGAUCUAACAACCGUGAAAAAAUUGUUUCACAUUUACAGAAAAUGGAUAAGAUCAAUUUUAAAGUUCCUGAAUUCACUCCAGACCUUGAGUGGCUUAAUGUUUCUCAGCCUUUAAAAAUGUAUGACCACUUGAAAGGGAAAAUUGUUGUCUUGGAUUUCUUCACCUAUUGCUGCAUCAACUGCAUGCACAUUUUACCAGAUUUAAAGCUGGUAGAAGAGAGGUAUCCCUUGGAUGCAGGGGUAGUGAUUGUUGGUGUUCAUUCAGCAAAAUUUCUAAAUGAAAGAGUGACGUCUAACAUAUUAAGUGCUAUACUACGAUACAACAUCCAACACCCUGUGGUCAAUGAUAAAAAUGCAACCUUGUGGCAAGAACUUGCUGUGUCUUGUUGGCCUACUUUAGUAUUUCUAGGGCCCAAAGGUCAGAUAAUUCACUCAAUAGCUGGAGAAGGUCCUAGAGACAAAUUACUUUUAUUUCUAGACGUUGCCACGCAAUAUUACUCUUCUGAACUCCAACCUAGUGAUCUCCCCAUCAGCCUGUCAAAAAAUGAAGCUACGCUUUCACAGCUGAUAUACCCAGGAAAAAUUUGCUAUUGGCCUGAAAGACACCAGCUUGUUAUUGCUGAUACUGGAAACCACAGGAUCAUUGUAACUGAUGUUAACGGCAUUGUUCAGAAUAUAAUUGGAAAUGGACAUAAAGGAUUGAAAGAUGGCCGAUUGGAAAUUGCAGAAUUUUCAUCCCCUCAAGGUGUUACUUGUGAUUCUCAGAAUAUCUUUGUAGCAGACACAGAAAACCAUUGUAUUAGAAAGAUCAGCUUUGAAAGUUUUGAAGUAAAAACUAUAUCUGGAACAGGCCAUCAAGGAUCUGAUAAAAUUGGAGGAAAUGUGUUUCAAUCUCAGGCACUUUCAUCACCUUGGGAUGUUUUGAUUGGAUAUACUCCAGAUGGUACUACAUCAUUGCUGUUUAUUGCAAUGGCAGGCUCACAUCAGAUUUGGGUUUAUUUUUUAAAUGAUACCCUCUGGUACAGCAAAUCCUAUGUGUCUGGAACAUGUCUGUGUUUUGCUGGUUCAGGACAAGAGGAAAACAGAAAUAAUUCUUAUCCAGAUAAAGCUAGCUUUGCCCAGCCCUCAGGCUUAGCUUUGUCUAUGGAAGAUUCUAAGGGGAAACUUUAUAUUGCUGACAGUGAGAGCUCUUCAGUGCGUUAUAUAUCUCUAUCUGAUGGCAAAGUUUGUGGACUGGUUGGUGGAGAGAGAGAUCCUACUAAUUUAUUUGCCUUUGGUGAUACUGAUGGAAUUGGGAUCAAUGCAAAGCUUCAACAUCCACUUGGUGUUGCUGUACUUGAUGAGCAACUAAUUAUAGCAGACUCAUAUAACCAUAAGAUCAAGACUGUAGAUCUCAAGACCCUGAGGUGUGAAACUUUAGCUGGCACUGGUCAGCCAGGUUCUUCAAUGUUUGCAAGUGACUUCAAAAAGAGUGAAUUCAAUGAGCCUGGAGGUGUCUGUGUCAACGCCAAGGAUAAGCUUAUUUACAUAGCCGACACAAAUAAUCAUGACAUCAAAGUAAUUGAUCUCAAAGAUGGCACAAUCUUUAAGCUGCCUAUAAUAUUUAGUAGUGCUAAAGAAGAAGAAGAAAAAAAAAAUGUAACUUCUGCAGUGUGUGAAACAACAGAAAGUGAUUUGAUCUCCCUUCCAGAUGUUGUUUUGACACAUGAAAUGACAAGUGUUACUCUAAGACUUCCAUUGGGACUUGCAGAAGAUGAACACCUGAAUGCGCUAGCACCUAACACUUGGUUACUUUCUGGGAUGGAUGAAGAAUCUGACACUUUUGUGAGUUUAUUGGACAAGUCUAAGAUAAAGGGCAGAUUAGAUGAUUUCUUAUACAAUGCUACAAGUGGAUUAGCUUCUGUAACUCUUCAACUGCCAUUAAGUGCAGCAAAUGGAAAGCUGACUCUUAAAAUUUCUGUGCAUGUUUUUGUAUGUAAUAGUAAAUCUAACAUGUGCCUUCCCCCUAAAUGGGUAUUCUUUAAACAAGUUGUAAGGCAUUAGUCACUAUUAAAAAUCACUUUCAAUUAUUUAUUUGUAGAAACUCAAUACAUUUUAAUAAUUAUUCCAAUACAGAUACAACCUUUUCAAUGAUGAAUACUAAAAUUGACUUCAUUAAAUUUGAAAGAAUAGAAAUUCAUUUUUUUAAUGUUGUUUUGUGUGUUUGUCUAGAAUUCUAUAUUGCGUAGAUUACCCGAUAAAAUAGAAUGGAUAAAAUAGCACUGCUGAAAUUUCCUAACAAAAUAGCUCAAACUUAUUCAUAUAUGUAUAAUAAGUUUGGGCAGGAUUAUUUGAUGAGGCCUCUACCUUCUUCAAGCUGCAACAAGGGCAAGCUUUGGGGUAUCAGGAUUAGCCAAUUUCUCAUUUCCAAUUUAGAUGAAAAAGAUCUAAAUGAUGCUUGGCCAGAUGUUGAAGGCCUUGUAGCCAAUUUUUAUGAUUACUGGGAGGACAACUAUAUUGAUUGCCAGAGAUGAAACCAUUGACUCCAAGAUUUCCAGUACCGGUACAAGACAACCAUGAUCAAUAAAUCAGUUGAGGGAUGACAUAUGCAUUUCAGCUGUCUGUUGACAGUCAUCACCCCAAUAUCUACAAGUUGAUCAAUCCCUUCCUGAAAGAACAGAAGUACACUGAGAACAGGAUUAUUGGAUAUAAUGCUGGAGAAUGAAGUAUGCAUGCAAAACAAAGCUACAGUGCCUAUGUAUGGAAAUAAGCCACUGAUGGAGUUUUUACGUGACAGACAUUGCAUACAAUUAGACUUUUAUAUUUUAAAUAAAUCUCUCCAUUUGAACCAGUUUAUAUUGAAAAAAAAGAGGGUUGUGGAUAAAAAAAAAAAAGCUGGAGCCAACUAAUAGAAAUAUUAAAUUAAAAUACUAGGCACUUAAUUUUGUCCAUCGCAAAUCAAAGUCUCUUGGGCUUGACGCCUAAGCCGCUAAGCGUGUGGUCUAGAGAAAAUGCUGUGGUGGCUCUAACGUAGUUGGACAUCUAGGAAAGGGAAUGUGUGGGUAUUAUGUAAUGACUAAAAAAAAAGGGGGGGGGGGGAUAGGGGAAUACAAAUUUGUUACAAGGGGGAGCGGGUCUGAAGAUUUCUUACGUAACAAAAUUAAAAAGUACAGUCGUCCCUUCACUUUCGCAGAAUGGCUAUAUCAUGGGUUUAAAAACAUUUUAAUGGAGAAAUACUCCGCCAUUAUUGUUUUUUAACCUAGACUUAACCCCUCCUGCAAUUGUGUGACAGUAGGUUGCUUCACUUGCUUUAGACUUUUUCUCAGACUGUUGCUUGAAUUCUCGUAAAUUUACUUUACUUACGGAUACCAACGACGACUUUUAUUGGAGUGGGUGAUUCAAAUCCCUUACUUGGUGGGGGUAUUUAUUUCGGAGGUUUGUGUACGGGGUUUAAAUUGCAAUUUCAGCCGCCGCCCCCCCCCCCCUCUCUAUUCCUGCUUGAGAACCUAAUUAAGAUGGAUUUAGAGGUCAUCAAUAAUUAUUAUUCUUUUCUUAAUAAAACAAUGGUACAGGUAGGAUCUAUAUAGGCCUAUCCCUGUAGCCGCACGAUGCCACAGAGGCGACUUUAGCAGUGCGGGGAUCGAUCAUGCAAUUAUUUGAAGAAAUAUCAGUGGGGAGUUUCACUCUAACCUUCAACCUGUUUUGUUUUUGUAAAAAUAUUAUAGGUAAAUGUCCUAUAUAAUGUGCUGUGGUGUCUCAAAAUCUAGUAAUUUUACCAACGUUAUAAUAAUGAAAUGUGAACGUUCGUUUCUAAUCGAGUCGGGUCCCCAUAAUCGCCUAACAAGGUUGAAGAGGAUUUUAUGCUUUUGUGAUUUGGAAAAAUUCUUUUAGUAAUGCUGGACUUAAUGACAUAUCACUACCAUGUAGGCCUAAGUAACCUACAGCUACCGCAACUUUAUUUUAGCUCCAUUUUGAUUCCCAUUCAUAUUAUUCUAAUAUACUUUGUAAAUUUUCGUUUCUAUUGCACCGUAUCUAUAUCUAGUCAAGCAUGUUAAGAUGUUUUUCCUGAUUCAGACAACACAUUCCAUGUUCUAAUAGCACAAUGGAUACAGGAGCCAUGAGCAAACUAUGGAAAAUCUGGAAGAGUAUCAUCAGCCUUCAAGUAAAAUUAAAGCGAUAUUUUUCUCUAGUAAGUAAAUGCUAAAGAAAAAUGUCGGGUAUCCAAUAUCAGGUUGGUUAACUAGGGGUCACAGAAACACAAAAAAGCUAUAAAUUUAAUACAUACUUAAGGGGAGGGUAGCACAAUCACCGAGUUUAAAGUCUACAUUGUUCUAUUUUGUUUGAGCCCUCCUAAAUCAGCUUUUCAUUAAAGGAUAUAAAUUCCAGUGCAUUGGUUGUGGAACUAUAGUUGAACAGGUUAGGGUUAAAAUUAAGGAUAUUGGAUAAAAAUUCCCAUCUGUAAAUAAUUGAGUUUGAAGGGUAAAUUAAAAAACAACAACAAAACAAACAAAAGAGGCUGGUUUAAUGUUAAUCCAUAGUUUAUUUCAGAGGGAUAAACCUGGAAGAAUGUGUGGCACCAAUACCAGGUCUGCCGUGCUUAACAGGUUUGUAGGUAAUUGAAAACUCUCCCAAGUAAUGGCCAACCAUCUCAGGCUGAAAAAGUGAAAAAUAAAAGUAACAUAUAUAUAUAAUACUAUUACAAACUUAAAUCAAUCCAGACAAUUAAUUAGGUUGCAUACCUUGAUUUCAACUUGGUUAAAAGUUUUGCCGUUGUAAACACCAACAAUAGAUCCAAUCAUUUCUGGAAUAAUGAUCAUGUCACGAAGAUGUGUCUUUACAACCUGAGAAGGUUAAAAAAAUUUUUUUUCCCCAGUGUUUUCAACAAGAGAGAAACAACUACACUAAUAGAACUAGCUAUUUUAACUCAUUAGCUACUAAUGCGCCCUUCCCCCCUCAGUACUAAUGCGCCCAAAUGCGCCCGCCACAGCACACAUACAGCGUGACUUGCAUAGCUCUCGUUUUCCUGCGCGACGCGUGGUGUUAUUUUGAGCUGGCUGGGUUUUUAAAAAAGUAGAAAUAUAGAUCGUUUCGGAAAAAAAAAAAAAAAAAAACGGAUGUUUUUACAUCUUUCGCUUCAGUUUCUAUGGGCCUUCGAAGUUUGUUGAUUUUUUUUUCGAUUUUUCUUAGCUGCACAGGCCAUUUUCUCAAUGACCUUUCAAUUUUUAGACCCCGUUAUCGCAAAUAAUACACUAAAUACAGCUAAUAAUGAACUUGAUAUUGAUCAAGACAUUGAUCAUUAGAAUUUAGCGCUACAUUUAGACGUAGAUCUAGUCCGAUUCAGAGAGAGAGUGAAGUAAAUAUUAGAUCGAUCAUCUAGCCUAGAUCUAGACUAUUCUGGAUCUAGCGUCAAUGAAUCUUCAACAUCUUUGACUGAUAUUUUGAACAGUUUUUAUUUACCACAUGAAAACUUUAGAUGAAAUAGAUCUAGUUGGGGGCGUACACAACGUUGGUUUGGACAAUGGUUUGAUUUCUUUUACUUUGUUAUGCUAGAAGUCAUGAAAUCUGAGACACAUGCAGAACCACAUCAACAUGAUGCCGUGUUCAGGCAACUAAGGGGCUCACACGUACCCAGUGAAAGUCAGUAAAUACUCAAGACAUAUACAGAUUUUAUAUAUAAGCAUAAUGUUUAUUGUAUAGGCCUACUAAAUUCCUACUUAAGGGGUUACUGGAUAGCGAAAUUUAUUUUUUUUAUUUUUGCUUUAACUUAAUAACUAUUGUUAUAUUAUAUCAUAUGACAACUCAAUAAUAAAAAAUAUAUAUUGAAUGUUGUUUAAUGUUUCCGGGUUGCCAUGGUAACGGCAGCCAUCUUGAAAAUAAACAAAAAUUAGUUCAUAUAGGAAAAUUGUAAAAUUUUUCAAAAUAGAUAAAUUUCAAAGCUAAAAAUACUUACACCUUAAAGUAUAAAGGUGGCUGGAAGGAGCUAGCUAGAUUUUAUACAUUUUCCCUUAGUAUUGUGCAUUUUAUGAUUUUUUAAAAAAGGGUGAUUUUUUUCCCAAAAGAUCAUAUAUUAAAAACUUCUUCAGCUAAAGUCAUUAAAACUAGCUGAUUCUCUGUAUUAUUUAUCUCUGAAUAUGUGUACCAAAUUUGACAUUUAUCUCUAUUAGUUCUAGAGAUUUUAGAAAUAUGUUACAGGGGGGGUCACAAAAAAUGCAUUCACUCAAAAACAGUGAAUUUGUAUUAAGAAAAAUAUGGAAAAUAGUGUUCACCACGCAUCAUUAAAAUGCUUUUUUUU